AUGUGGCCCGCCCUCUUUCUCCCAUACCUUUUGGCCAUUGGAACCUGCCAAACUCCCCAACUCGCCGACCCAUUGGUUUUGGAUGCACCACCACUGGUGGGUUACCUCGGUGCCUUCUUUCUCGGAAAUGCCCCAGACAUCUUCUUUUACCUGAGCAAUGGAAACGAAGCUUUCUCGUACAAGGCGCUGAACGGCGGGAAGCCGGUCUUGACCCCAACCCUCGGAACAGGUGGUGUGAGGGAUCCUAGUAUCAUUGAAGGCGGGGGACAGGAAUACCAGAAAAAGUGGUACAUUAUUGGUACUGAUUUGGAUAUCUCAAAGACAACAUGGGACGCAUCCCAGCGCAAAGGUUCCUUGAGUAUCUUCGUCUGGGAGAGCACAGAUCUGAUCACUUGGGAAAAUGAACGCCUCGUCAAAGUUGAGGAUGACACCGCCGGCAUGGUCUGGGCUCCAGAUGCGAUCUGGGAUCUCGAGAAGAGGCAAUACCUCGUCUGGUGGGCGUCAAAAUUCUAUAAAGCCGAUGACCCCGACCACGUCGGCGAGUCAGGACCUAGCGAGAUUCGCUACGCAUACACCUCUGACUUCAUAACCUUCACCGCACCCCAAACCUAUAUCUCCGCCGCGCCUACAUCCUUGAUUGACCUCGCCAUCGUGCAAACCGGUGGACCCGCCUACGCCCGCUUCCUGAAGAACGAAAGCUCCCCCAGUGUCUACAUGGAGCUCUCCCAGACGGGCCUCUUUGGAACAUGGACGCGACCUGGCGGCGAACAGGCAAUCAUUGAAACUGGUGUCGAGGGACCAUAUGCAUGGAGGGACAACAAGACACCUCUUAAUAUCAAUUUGCUUUUGGACUACUAUGGUGGCGAUGGCUUGAAGCCAUUCAUCAGCACAGAUGUGGACGCCAAUGCUUGGGUCCCUGCCGACGCCAAAAAUUUCCCCAAGGGAUUAAGGCACGGGAGUGUGACUUCACUUACCCAGGACAAAUAUGAUGCCCUUAACGCGAAAUGGGGUUGA